UUUAUGCACUAAAUCUGUAAAAUAGUUAUGGCAAAACAUAGAUCUCAGCUGAGUUAUACGGCAUUCAAAACAAUAAUAAAGUGACAGAACAAUUAUUUCAAUCAUAUGCUAAGGAUAAAGUUUACAUUACUGCUUUGCAUACUUAGUAUUUAUAUGUAUUGUGAACAAUGUUAUUAUCAAAAGCAAUCGUUUAUAGUAAACAUAACUUUUCAAGAAUGAAUUUUCUACUGAACUGCAUAAAAAGACUUAAAAGUUCACAACAAUGGCUGAAUCGUCAGAAAGCUGAUCCUUAUGUAGAAAAAGCAAAGAUGUGUAAUUACAGAUGUCGUAGUGCUUUUAAACUAAUAGAAAUGAAUGAAAAGGCAAAUAUACUUCAUCCUGGUCAAACCGUCAUAGACCUUGGAGCUUCGCCCGGCUCAUGGACUCAAGUGGCAGUUCAGAAAACAAAUGCUGACGGCGCUGAUUCCUCAAAACCGAAAGGGACAGUUUUGGCUGUAGAUAAACUACAAAUAUUCCCAAUCGAGGGAGCCACAAUAAUGAGUAACUUGGAUUUCUCAACCAUUGAAGCUCAUGACAAAGUUUUGAAAGCUCUUAAUGGGAAGAAAGUGGAUUUAGUGCUAUCAGAUAUGGCACCAAGUGCGACUGGUGUCAGGGAACUAGACAAGGACCGCAUAAUAGGUUUAUGUUACAUGGCAAUAAGAUUUGCGGCAUUAGUUACUAGAAUUGAUGGUAACUUGCUAUUUAAAGUAUGGGAUGGUAAAGAAGUGCCCAUACUAGAAAUGGAUCUAGAAAGAUUCUAUAAACAUAUAAAGAUUUUGAAACCCAAUGCAAGUAGGUCGGACUCAUCAGAAAAAUUUAUACUCGCUAGGGGUUUUAAGGGAAUUCAAAAACCUAUAGAAAAUAGUUGCUACAAUUCUUGAUUUUUUUCUGUGUCAUCAGUAGUAGUUAGCAGUAAUCAGUUCAGAAUCACCAAUAAAACUGUUUUUUUUUAACUUAAUUUCAAUUAUAAAUAUCUAUGAUGCAGACUAUCUAUUUCUUUCAUCUAGGUGUGUAGAAAGUCUUAAUUAAAUCAUAGUAUGCCUGGAUAUAGCAAAAACAUAUUUUCUGGCAUAACCUAACUUGACAAAAAUGUCAUCAAGAAAAACACUUGUACUGUAUUUUUUAAAGCUUUCUUAUAUUUAGUUUCCUUGACAUAAUUAUUCUAUAUAUUACACAAAUAUCUUCAACAAGUUAUAGAAUAUACUGUAAGGUAUCAAGUAACCAGAGUACAAAUUAUUUAUAUAUAAGUACUGUUUACUGUUUUAAUUUGAAAAGCAAUGUUUUUAAUUUUAUAUGAAGAACUUUUUUAUCUUUACAGUGAAUUAUAAUCUGUUGUAACUCCAACUAAAAAUAGAUUGUUAAUACCUAGUUUCAAUUGAGUUUCUAGAAAACCACUAAAUUUUUUUACAUUUAAUUAUUUUAUAAUUUGUAAACUGAAUUAUCUAUGACAAUUGCCUUUCGUAUCUCACAAGAAGAUAAAAAUUAUAGUAAGUAUUUAUUUACGCUGAUACAGUAUUGUCUUCCACUAUACAUAAACAAAUAUGUAUAUAUAAUACGCAUUAUACAUUGGUUAAAAAUAAUAUUUUAUAUUCAAUAAUAGUUUACGUCAAAUUAUAUUGGUUUACUUAUUGGAACCUAUAUCCUGCUUAAUUUUGUCGCCAUUUUUUUUCAUGUUUAUUUUUAUCGUAAAUGGAAAUGGGAAAAUAAAAUAAACACAUGUAAAAUUAAUCAAUGUAUUCUUAAAUAUACAUAGCAUUUGAGGCAAUUUGAACAGUUGUACAUCCAUUUUAUUAUCAAUAAAAUAUUUAAAACAUCA